GUGGGUGCGUGUGUACACUGGCGAAAUUGCCUGUCAUGGGCUGCAGUAAUAACAGUAGCAAGUACGAAAAACAAUAACAACAACAAAAACAACAACUAGAACAACAAUAAGAAUGGCAAAAGUUUAAUGAGUUCAAGUUUUAUAAAUGAAAAGACAGGUGUCCUUGCAGCACAAAUCCCAAUCGCAGACGUCGACGGCACGCUACGCGCCACAGACGUUGUCCUCGCCCGGCCGGAUGAAGCCAAAAAGCGGUGACAAGGAAGACGAGGAUGGCGAUGAUCAGGACGAUCACUUCGAGGGCGAUCCACGGCCCAUGCCUUACGACUUUGAAAAGGAGUUGAUUAACAAUUCGAAUAAGCAUAUACGCAUAUCUGAAGUCUUUGGGCCGCCUAAUAUAGUAUAUCCAAUCACUUCCAAAUUUUAUUCCAAAUACGAGCCACAGUCAAUUUUAAAGAAACCAGCGCAGGCGCAGCGCCACAGAUUCCAUAAAGCACCGCCAGAUUAUCCGUUGCUGGAGUCACAGAUGUACGGCUGGAUGCCGUUGCAGUGUCGAGAAGCUGCCACAUAUUUAAAUUGCAUACACGCGCCAAAACGGCGCUGCCGCAUGACAAUACAUGGAGAACAAAUUAUAGCGGGCCGAAUUACUGAGCGUCCGCCUUUCAACGGUCUAAAAUUCAUACUUCAUUAACAUAUGUUACUUAUACGAGAUAAUUAUCACAUGCCCUGAUGAAGUAAACUAAUUUUAUUUUUUUUUUAAAUUGUUUAGCUAUGAUUUGGGGACCUGUAUUAUCGGCAGUUCCAUAUUUUCAAGCUUUGAUUCAAUUCCAUCCACAAAGUGUGGAACAAAUUAAAAAAAUUUCUAAAUUCUGGCAGCGCUGCAGUCGAGGACAAGUUGGCAGCUCUGUUGUUUUUAAUGUUUACUUUUUAAUGUUUGUGGGUUCUGGGGACAUAAAAUGGAAAUAAAUGCGGCUUGUUACUAAUAUUGUAAUUAUACGCUGCACCUGGAGAACAUG